AUGAAAGCUACUAUCUUAAGUUCGCUACUGCUUGCUCUGGGCAGCUUCGCACUGCCUGUCCCUAAGAAGGGCUAUCACGACGUUGAGACCGCCGCCCGUGUUGCCAGAACACUGGUCAACAGGGAAUCUCUGGCAAAUCUGGCCACCAUCCAAAAAAAGGAUGGGGUCCCUGUUUCGUUUAUGGAAUAUUAUGCCGAUUGCCAGGAUGAUGGCGAGCCAAUUUUCUUGCUUGUCAACAUCUCCUCGAGCCAGAGAAAUAUCGACGACGGCUCCAAGGUCUCUGUCUCCGUCAGAGUCGGCGACCACCCAAUCAAUGAUCACGUCAACCCACACUACAUUGGAGGCAGAGUUCGUUCUCCUGCCGGCUCUCCACGGGUCAGUUUGAAAGGCUCGUUUGUUCCUGUCACCGGAUCCCCAGAAUUGGACACUUGUUUCGCUCUUAGACACCACGAUGCUCCAGCUUGGUACCCUGGCUCCCCAAUCCACUCCACUUUCUGGGCCAAGUUCCAGGUCGAGGAGGUCUACCUCAUUGGUGGCUUUGGUGACGCCGCCUACAUCGGCGAGGUCCCUGCCGAGCUGUACUUGAAUGCUACCACUUUCGACGACGAGGAGCUUUCCCGGGAGCUCUCUUCGAUUUUCGAGCUCCCAGAGCAGGAGAACAAUUACCUCACGCGCGUCGUUAAGUCCUUUGCCCGCUUCUUCGGUCUUCAGGAGGAAGAGGACGGAGAGCAGGAGGAGUGCGAUUUCGAGGACGAUAACGACUGGAAGAAACACGGAAAGGAGCAGAAGAAAUUCUGGAAACAUUACGGCAAGGACCAGAAGAAGUACUGGAAGUCUCACGGCGACAAGCCUGAGCAGCCUGAGGACCCAGAAUUGGAGGAAUUGGCCGAAGUUGAAGACCCUGACUACUGGAAGCACUACGGCAAAGACCAAAAGAAGUAUUGGAAACAUUACGGAAAGGAGCAGAAGAAAUACUGGAAGUCUCAUGGUGAUCAGCCAGAGGAUGCCGAGGAGCCUGAAUGCGAAGAAAUGGCCGAGGAUGAGGACCCUGACUACUGGAAGCAACAUGGAAAGGACCAAAAGAAGUACUGGAAACAUUACGGAAAGGACCAAAAGAAAUACUGGAAACAUUACGGAAAGGAGCAGAAGAAAUACUGGAAGUCGCACGGCAAGGAUGACGACGAGGAGCAGCAGGUGAUAUUUGUUAACUACUGA